ACAUGGCUAGAUUUGCUUUGUACCCACCACAUGGCUUAGGGCUAUCGGAGUUUUUAUCGGCUUUGGAAGCUACUGUCCAAAGGUGUCCCAUCUUGCGGACUCGGAUCAUCCUAACCGCGAAUGGAACUUCUCAGGUAGUGCUGAACGAUAAAAUCAGAUGGCUAUCAGCACAGGAACGCCCGCUCACCGAAAUUGUCAGAUUGGUUCCGCCUGCCGUAGCCUAUGGAACACCACUCUCGUUUUUCACGCUGGCUGAGGAUGAAGACCGCGGCGCAUGUGUAGUCUGGAAUAUUCACCACACCCUUUACGAUGGCUUUGCUUUUCGUCAGAUGGUUCGAGUGAUUCAGAACGCUUGCGGAAUCUCAGGAAAUAUCGCCAACCCCAUUCCUCUGAGCAACUAUGUCAAGUUUGUACAGUCCUGCGACCCGGCCGAGACUAGGAGUUACUGGGAAUCCCAGCUUGAGGGAGCCCAAGCCACCAUCUUCCCGCCAAAAUCCAUUACAUCUUCUGAUCUACAGUCUGGUGAUUAUCUGACCCAUCUCUUCCACAUUCCAGAUCAUCAAGCUACCGAUAUCACUAUAUGCACCCUUCUGCGAAGUGCUUGGGCACUUGUUGUCUCGAGACAUGUUGAGAGCACUGACGUAGUGCUUGCAUGCACUAUCUCUGGACGGAGCGCUCCUGUUUCUGAUAUACAAAAUAUCGCGGGACCAACGAUCGCGACGGUCCCAGUGCGAGUCCAAAUAAAGCACGAGGACACAGUCAGCGAGUUUUUGGCGAUGGUGCGGCAGCAGUCAAACGACAUGAUACGAUAUGAACAUACUGGUCUCCAGAACAUUAGAAGGUUGCAAGAAACAGCUCGGGAAGCCUGCACUUUCAGGAGCCAGCUCAUUAUUCAACCGGGCGAGAUAUUUCGCGCCGCAAAUACUCCCGACUUAGGCUAUGAUUUCGUUAAAGAUCUAUCAGACGUCAGCCAGCAGUUCGAUGCCUAUCCACUGGUAUUCCAAUGCGUUCUAGGAAGCAACGGGAUGGUUGAGGUCCAUGCUCUUUAUGAUGGCCAAAUCGUUGCUCCUCGACAGAUGCAAGCAAUCUGUGACCAGUUCGAACAUGUUGUUUUGCAGCUGGUAACUGAGCCAAAGAGGCGAGUUUCGGAAAUCGACCUAUGUGGCCCACGAGAUAUAGAGCAGAUCAUGGAAUGGAACUCCCAGAAGCCCUCUCGACUUGUGUAUUCCUGCGUCCAUGAUCUCAUCAGUGACCAGGCACGACUCCUAGGUGAGAAAGUGGCCAUUCAAGCUUGGGAUGGUCAGUUUACCUACAGCGAACUAGAUAAACUAUCCACUCGAUUGGCGGUUUACUUGGCUACUCUUGGCGUAUAUCCUGAAAAUAUGGUUGCGAUGUGCCUCGAGAAAUCCCGGUGGGCUGUUAUUGCUAUGCUAGGCAUUAUGAAGGCCGGUGGAGUCUUCGUUCCUCUGGAUCCGACACACCCAGAAAGCCGCCGUCGAGCUUUGAUAGAGACCGUGAACGCAAAACUUAUCAUACUCUCACCAGAGACAGCUCCGCUUUUCUCAGAAUUGGAAUUACCUGUGGUUACCGUCACGGAACAAUUCGCUUUAGCACUUCCAGAUGCAAUGCCACCCAGGAGUAACAGUCCAAGUAAUGCGGCUUAUAUCGCAUUCUCUUCAGGAUCAACGGGAACCCCAAAAGGCAUUGUGGUAGAGCAGGCCGCGCUUUGCUCUAGCAUUAUCGGUCACGGUGGAGCCUACGGACUGGGUCCUGCAUCUCGAAUGCUUCAAUUUUCCACCUUCACCUUUGACGGAAGCUUGAGUGAGAUCCUUACGCCCCUUGUAUUUGGCGGUACAGUGUGCAUGCCGUCAGACACACAACGCUUACAGGAUACCGCCAAAUUUAUCAGAGACGCCCAAGUGAAUGUAGCCAUAUUGACGCCUUCUUUUGCUAAUACAUUGAGUCCCGAUGACGUGCCCAGCCUUAAUACGCUUAUUCUUAGCGGUGAAGUGCUGGUUAAAGACCAAGUACCCUACGGGUUUUUUUUUUACAGACACUGUCUGUAUUUCCUACAGAUAUUAUCUGUAAACAGGCCUUUUAGACGGAUUUUCUGUCUGUAUUUUAGUCAAUUAUCUGUAUUUUUCUCAGCUGGAUUUUCUGAUUCUAAUUGAUUUUUGGAGAUGUAGAGUAAGAAUAUAGAUAUUACCU